GUGCCAUUCAUAGCAACUCAAAAUGCACUAUCUGAGAUCACAAGUCGUCUACAAAGGCCCAUUAUGGACAGAAAUUGCUUUUAAAUGCUUAAACCUUCUGAAGCUGUUCCUAGUUCGAGAAGCCGGUAUGUCGGUAUCCACUGCCCUGAGGAUUUCGACCGUUAGUACUACCAGAAUUUCGAAAUUCCCUCUUUUUCCAAUUCUCCACCGAACAUACACUUCUACUCCCCAUUUCCAAACUCAAACAGAUAAAAGUUUCCAUAAUACGGUAGAUGUUAAUAGACUCCAUGGAGAAGCAAUAAAGACUGGUUUCAUAGGAGAUCUUCAAUACUGCAACCAUCUCUUGAAUUUGUAUGGGAGAAAAUGUGACCUCUGCGGUGCACAAAAGUUGUUCGACGAAAUGCCUGAUCGUGAUGUUAGAACAUGGACUAUUCUGAUUAAAGGUUUUGCUGGGGUGCGACGACAUGAAGUUUCUUUGGAUCUUUUUAAGCAAAUGCAAAUUCAAGGUAUUUUCCCGAACUGUUAUACGUUAUCUUGUAUUAUGAACUGUCGUGCCAGUAUCAUGAGUCUGAAAAUUGGUAAGGCGAUUCAUGGAUGGAUCAUUGCAAGUGGGGUUGAAUUAGAUGUUUCUUCAGAGAAUUCUAUUGUUGAUUUUUACGUUAAAUGUGGAGCUUUUGAUUGUGCGAGUAGAGUGUUUGAAUUGAUGAAUGAGAAGGAUACGGUGUCGUGGAAUAUUAUGAUUGCUGGGUAUUUAGAAAUUGGAGAUACAGAGAAAUCAAUUGAGUUAUUUAGAAGAUUGCCUGUAAAAGAUGUUGCAAGUUGGAACACGAUAAUUGUUGGGCAAAUGAGAAAUGGGUUCAAUGAAGUUGCUUUAGAGCUUCUGUGUCAGAUGAGGGGAAGUGGGUGUCUGUUCAAUGAAAGGUCUUUCUCCAUUGCCUUACUCUUAGCUGCUUCUCUGUCGAUGUUGGACUUAGGAAAACAGAUUCAUAGUCAAUUACUAAGAACUGGAUUUCAUCAAGAUAAUUUUAUAAGAAAUUCACUAAUAGACAUGUACUGCAAAUGCAGCGAAAUGAGAAAAGCUUCAUUUGUUUUCAGUAAAACUCAACACCUGCUGCAGUGUCAGAUAGAGAAUACGGUUUCGUGGAGCUCGUUAAUUUCUGGGUAUGUUCAGAAGGUUAACACUAAAGAGGCUUUUAAGCUCUUCCGCGAGAUGGUUCGUGAAGGAGUUAAGGUAAAUCAGUUCACCCUAACAAGUGUAGUUUCAGCCUGUUCUGAUGCAGCAUGUUUGGAGGAAGGUACAGAAUUCCAUGCUUUCCUUAAGAAACUAGGGCACCAAGUUAAUGUCUUCUUAGUAUCUGCAUUGGUCGAUAUGUACUCUAAAUGUGGAAGCCUGGAUGAUGCUAUAUCGGUAUUCUUUGAAAGUAGCCUUACGAGGAAUACUGUACUAUGGACGUCAUUGAUAUCUGGCUGUGGAUUGCAUGGGAAAGGCAGAGAGGCGAUUCGGGUUUUCGAGCUUAUGUUGAAGGAAGGGAUUAAGCCAAAUGAUAUUAGUUUUCUAGGACUCUUAUCUGGGUGCAGCCAUGCGGGGUUAGUUGAAGAAGGUAAAAAAUACUUCAGAAUGAUGAAAGAAGAUUACAGGAUAGUUCCUGGACUGGAACAUUUUACUUGUAUGGUUAAUCUAUUAGGACGAGAAGGAAAUUUAAAUGAAGCGAAGGAGUUCAUACAAGAAAACAGUAUCUCCCAUCUAAUUCCGGUGUGGAAAGCAUUCUUAGCUGCUUGCAAUGUUCAUAAAAAUGCGGAACUGGCGGCAUGGGCUUCUGAGAAACUGCUUCAUUUGGAACCAAAUGAUGCUGGGUCUUAUAUUCUGCUAUCGAACAUCUCAACAGAAAAUCACAGGUGGGAAGAUGCAGCUGAGAUUAGAAGUUUGAUGCAAAAUAAAGGAGUUAAGAAGUCCUCUGGUCAGUCUUGGAUCCAACUGAGGAAUUGGUAGACUGAUGGAGUUCCAAAACUGUCUCGCGUGAGAUGUGAAAGAAGGAAAGUCAGUUGUUCACCUUUCUUUCUUGAUGAGGAACCUGUGGUUGUAACGAUACAUGAGUCCAUCACAAGGGAGACCUAUUCAAGUAAUGAUACGUUGAAAGUGUACAGAGUGCUGCGUCCAUCUAUCAGCCACAAAAUAACUGUAAGAGAUGCAUAUCAAUUUCAUCAGUAUAAGCAUGCUGAGUAUUCUUCGGGUGGUAAACCAGAACCUUAUUGUUUCUCGUACAAAUAAUUUUGGUGGUGUUUAGUUGGUCCAUUCAUGAAGAAAAAUAGUGCAUAUCUCUCUACUCUUGCUUCAGAAGAUAAUUUCUGAAUUCCAGAACAGGUAACUCUGAUAAGUCAUAUCUCCUCUUUACAUAUUGCACAUGUAACAUGUCUUGACUCAGAAUUUUGAUAGACGGAUUCAUGGGCUGGAUUUGUCUCAUCUUUCUUAUUGAAUCAGAGUGAGUCCUACAUUUGUUGUUAGAACU